UGUUCAAUUUGCACCAAUUAAUUCUCUCUCUCUCUUUCUCUCUCACGCACACAUAAUCUCACACACAUAGCAACUUUUGUAAAGUCUUGUUAAGUUUGCAGCAAUUCUCACUCUCUCACACACAUACAGAAAAUUUAGUAAACUUUUGUUCAGUUUGCACCAAUUCUCUCUCUCUCUCUCACACACACACACACACAUAGCUAAUUUUGUGAACUCUUGUUCAGUUUGCAUCAAUUCUCUCCCUCUCACACACACAAAUCCACAUAGCCAAUUUUGUGAACUCUUGUUUAGUUUGCCUCAAUUCUCUCUCUCUCACACACACAUCCAUGCACAUAGCAAAUUUUGUAAGCUCUUGCUCAGUUUGCAUCAAUUCUCUCUUUCACACACACACCCACAGCAAAUUUUGUAAACUCUAUUUCAGUUUGCACCAAUUCUCUAUCUCACACACGCCGAGAAAAUUUUGCAAACUCUUGUUCAGUUUGCAUCAGUUCUCUCUCUCACACACAUCCACAUAGCAAAUUUUGCAAACUCUUGUUAAGAAAGUGUUUGCAGAAACAGAUCUUCUUGGAAAAGCAGACAAGCUUAGUCUCUGGAGUUUUGUUUUUGACAGGGAACUGUGUUUUUGAAGUUAAAGCCGAGUAGGGAAGAUUUUCAAGCUAUAAAUAUUUGGUGGUGAGGAUCAGUUAUCAUCACAAUUAAAGAAUGGAAGGAGAAGCUGCUGCCGCCGUCCUUCAAACUCUAGUUCAAAACCUCAUCGACCUUUGCAAGAAAGAGAUCUCUCAGAUCCGAGAUCUCAAAAAAGAUGCGGCAAAGCUAACUAAGAGUCUCAAAACCAUCCAGAAAUUCUUGAACGACGCGGAGAAGCGUGACAUCACCAGCGAAGCUGUCAAGGACUGGCUGAAGAAUCUUGAAGACGUGGCUUUCGAUGCUGACAAUGUUUUGGAUGAAAUCAACUAUCAUAUUCUCUCUGACCAGAUCAAGCCCGCCGAGCCUGAGGAGGAAAAUAUACCAUCAUGCUUCUCACGCCCCUCAUGCUUCUCAUGCUGCAAGAAUCUUUCACGUUCUCGAAAUGUGGCUCUUAAAAUCAAAGAAAUCAAUGAGAAUUUGGAGUCCAUUAACAAAGAGGCCAUCGAUCUUGGCCUUGUAGGGAGGCUUGCCAAUGAGCCCACUUUGGUUAUUGCUUCUUCGGAAACUGAUUCAUUCAGUGAUGAUCCAGUUUUUAUUGGAAGAGAUGAUGUUAAGUUGGAAAUAGUUGAGAUGCUUACCAAUAGCAUCACAACUGAUAAACGCAAAGUUUCCAUCAUUUCCAUUGUCGGGAUGGGGGGAUUGGGGAAGACGACAUUGACUAGAAAAGUCUUCAAUCAUCUGAAGGAUGAGACUCGGUUUGGAUCACAUAUUUGGGUGCAUGUUUCCCCAAAUUUUGAUGCAUUAACUCUUUUCAAGAAAAUUCUCAAAGAGUUGACUGAUCAAGUUGAAGGUGAGAAUAAGCAAGAUAUUCUUUCAAAGCUUCAACAAGCUUUAAAAGAUAAAACAUAUCUUCUUGUACUUGAUGAUGUAUGGAAUGAAGAUCGUUCCAAAUGGGAAGAGUUUAUGAAUUCCUUGUUGGGAGUUAGUUCUGUUAAGGGAAAUGCAAUUGUUGUUACCACCAGAAGUAUGAAGGUUGCUACAAUUGUGAAUCCAAUUCAUACACAUGAGUUGGAAGGCUUAUCAGAAGAAGAGUGUUGGUCGAUAAUCAAAGUUAAAACCUUUGGAGAAGGAAACGUUCCAUCAGAAUAUGCGGCCAUUGGAAAAAAAAUUGCAAGAAAAUGUCAAGGUUUGCCAUUAGCUGCCAACGUAGUUGGGGGAGUGCUGCGCAUUAAAUCUGAGGAAAAAUGGCGUUCAGUCGAGGAGAAAUGGCUUUCAGCCGAUGAAGGAGGAGAUAAUAUCACAAAUAUAUUGAGGCUGAGCUUCGAUAAUUUGUCUUUGCCAUCACUUAAGAAGUGCUUCGCAUACUGUGCGAUGUUUCCUAAAGGCUCUGAAAUCGUGAAACAGGAACUGAUUGAGAUGUGGAUGGCAGAAGGUUUUCUUCAAGCUGAUGAAAGGGAUGACAUGGAGUCCGUGGGAGAAAAUUUUAUCAACGUUCUUCUGCACAACUCUUUACUGCAAGUUUCAAAGAGAGAUUAUUUCGGGAAUGUGGAAAGUUGUGGCAUGCAUGAUCUUGUGCACGAUCUGGCUUGUUCUGUUUCAAGUUCCUCUAAUAGCAGCCGAGUUCGAUACAAGACUCUCGAAGAAGACGAAUCAAGUCGUAUCCCAAAAGAAAUGGCAAAAUCUUUGCGUACAUUACUACUAACAUCGGAAGGUGAUAUUUCUGAUAUCAACUUCUCAGACUUGGAAAGUUUGCAUGUUUUAAGUCUACUUGACUCUGAAGUUGAAAAUCUGCCAAGUUCGAUUCGGAAGUUGAUACAUUUGAGAGAUUUUGACAUUUCAGAGACAGAAAUUGAAGUUUUGCCGGAUUGGAUUGGUGAAUUCUUUCACUUGCAGACGUUGAGAGUAGACACAGGAUGUUUGGAGAAAAUGCCAAGUACGAUUAAGUACUUGAUUAACUUGAGGCAUCUUUAUAUUGAUGAGGAUGUAGAGCUGCCGAUGGGAAUUGGGAGAUUAACUUCUCUCCAAACGCUAACCCACUUUCCAGUGGGUGACGAGAAUGGCUGCAAAAUUGAAGAACUCGGAAGUUUGAAUAAUCUUAAAGGAGAGUUACGGAUUUGCAAUCUGGAAAGGGUUCAUGACAAGGAAGAGGCUGGGAAAGCCAAUUUAUUCAAAAAGUCAAAAAUAUUGAAGUUGCAUUUGGAAUGGAGAUAUGGCAGAAUUGAAGGUGGAACAUAUGAUGACGAUGUAUUGAAAGGCCUUCAACCUCACUCACAUCUGAGGGAGUUAAAGAUCCGGGGAUUCAAUGGAAAAAGAUUUCCAUCAUGGACUCAGAAGAUGGCAGUUCGAGAUGUGCCUGGAGGCUCUUGGGUGCUACUUAACAAGUUAACGUCGUUAACACUCUGGGACUGCAGAGAAUGUGAAGAGAUCCCAAAGUUGGGGCACUUGCCCAAUCUCAAGUCCCUUGUGUUGUUUGGAUUGAGCAAUGUGAAGUGUAUAAAUUCAUCAUUCUACGGAAUGGUGAACAAGGACACACGCAUUGUUUUUCCAGCUCUCGAGAGGUUGGAAUUGUAUCACAUGGCUAAUCUGGCAGAGUGGGCAGAAAUAGAAAUUUCGGAUGGAAGUGAAGUGAAGCUAUUUCCUCGCCUCCAACAUUUGGAAAUCAAGUGGUGUAAACAAUUGACGAGUGUUCCAAGUUUGGGGCAGUUGCCCAAUCUCAAGUCCCUUGUGUUGUGGAGAUUGGACAAUGUGAAGUGUAUAAAUUCAUCAUUCUACGGAAUGGUGAACAAGGACACACGCAUUGUUUUUCCAGCUCUCGAGAGGUUCCAAUUGAAAUACAUGCCUAAGCUGGCAGAGUGGGCAGAAAUAGAAAUUUCGGAUGGAAGUGAAGUGAAGCUAUUUCCUCGCCUCCAACAUUUGUCAUUUUAUGAUUGCCCGCAAUUGAUGAGUGUUCCAAGUCAUGUCUCGUCAUGCCUUCAACAUUUGGAAAUUUGUGGGAUCGGUGUGAAAUGUCUCCCAAUUGAUUGGUUAUUGAGUAAUAGCGAGACUCUCUCUUAUUUGAGAAUAAGGGACUGCCCGAACUUGAGAGAAAUAUCAGAUAGGUGGGGAGAAGAAGAAUCAGAAGGAAGAAGCUUCACAAUCACAUCCCUCCCUAUAUUCCCUCGUCUAACAGAAUUGACAAUCUUAAGCGUUCCUAAGUUAAGUUUGGAGACUCUGGAUGCAAUGCGGAGCCUCCAAAUUGAUGGAUACAAAGAAAUUGACCCGUGACGGUGAGUAUCAAUAUCUUUUGUCUAAACAGUUGUAUGUGUAUUUUAUUUGAAAAAGAAAUUCUAAUUAUUAGAAAUUGAAGUAGCCUA